AUGUCGAAGUCUUUCUUCAAAGUGGUCAGGGAAAACCUUAUGUUUCUUCUGUUACUCCUUGGAGUGAUUUUAGGUAUUGUACUUGGACUUUUUCUCAACGACAAAGUACAACAUUCAACUGAAUUUACCCCAAGAGAACUGGCGAUGUUUAUUGGUUUUCCAGGAGAAUUAUUUGUGCGAAUGUUGAUGCUUGUAGUGUUACCUUUGAUUGCAUCGAGUGUUAUAACUUCUCUAACAAUAAUCGAUAAAAUUACUGCAAAAAAAAUUGGAAAACGUGCAGCGCUCUAUUUUUUGGUUACCUCUUUAAUCGCAACCAGCCUGGCUGUUGUUUUAGCAAGAGUUAUAAUAAAACCACGAGCUCAUGAAAUUCAGGAAGAAGACAGGAUGCCGAAGGAAGGAUCAAGUCCUGUGUACGCCAUACUAGAUAUGUUAAGGUAA